AAUAUCGUUUGAGACACACUGGAUAUUUCGCUUUGUUGCAUGUAAUAAGACCAGAUUUGAACACGAAUAAUUCUUCAGAUUAGAGUCUCGUUUAACAGCAGCAUACAUAGAGAAUGGACAUUCCUAAGACUGGAAACAGUGAUCACCAAGGAAUUCGCAGGUCUGAGCGGAUAAGGUCCCGAACGAACAGCCCUGUGGGACUGGCAGAGCUGAAAACACCCCAAAAGGCACGCAGCCCGAACAGGUCUGCCCUGCCCAUUUCCGACAACAUGAGAAAGGCUUUUUCCAAGGAAAAAGCUGCCGAUGACCCUGCUUUGGACGCAGAUGAGGGUCACGAAGAGGCGGGCGCUGGUGAUUUGCACCCUGCUCAGGAGGAACUCGAGAGAAUUCUGCAGUACUUGCAGCUGAACAGAGCUGGUGCCAAUGACGGUAGCUUGCUGGAAUUCGCACCGCUUGACCAACCUGACGCAAUGGCCAACCCUGCCGAAGGUGCUGGCCUAAAAAAACCUGUGGCAGAGGACGACAAAGUUUUGAGCCCGUUGGUGUCCACUGCCUUUGCCAUUGGCAUCCUGUUUUCAAUGAUUGUUACCCUGAUGAUGUCUCACUUCAGUUAUUCAGGCUGAGAAUAAUGGUUAAGGUUGCACAAAAUCUAAAAGCGAUUAUCUAAUUUAUGUUAGUUAGUGAAUUACAUGAUUAUUUUAUGUUUUU